UUUCGGAGUCCGGUGUUUAGCCGAGUCAUUUUUGGCGUCGCACACUCGGCUUCCACACGCCAUUGAGGCCAAUAGUUACUUUCACGCUCCUCACUAAUAAUACCGGAAUAGACUGGCUGAUUUACGGAAUCUGGCUAUUCCAUUAAAACAGUAAAUUAUAUCCAAAAUGGCUACGGACUCUUGGGCACAGGCGGUAGACGAGCAAGAGGCUGCGGCAGAAUCGAUCGGGAAUCUUCAAAUAAAGGACAAAUCUGGAGAAAAUGGCGUGCUUGCAGGAGCAGGUGAAUCAAGCAACAAAGCUCCCAAACCUGUUGCUGAAGGAGAAAACAAGAACGCAGAAGAGGACGAUAGUGAUGAUAAAGCGGCGCAGUCGUUGCUAAACAAACUCAUCCGGAAUAAUCUUGUCAAUACAACAAAUCAAGUGGAAGUUCUUCAGAAAGAUCCUAAUUCUCCGCUGUACUCUGUAAAGUCUUUUGAAGAAUUGCAUCUUAAACCUCAGCUGCUCCAAGGAGUUUAUGCAAUGGGAUUUAACAGACCAUCCAAAAUCCAGGAAACAGCUUUACCCAUGAUGCUGGCAGAACCUCCACAGAAUCUGAUUGCUCAGUCUCAGUCGGGGACGGGGAAGACGGCCGCUUUUGUCCUGGCCAUGCUCAGCCAUGUUGACCCCAAUAAUACAUUUCCUCAGUGUCUGUGUGUGUCGCCCACUUAUGAGCUGGCGCUGCAGACUGGCAAAGUGAUCGAGCAGAUGGGCAAAUAUUACCCUGAAGUCAAACUGGUUUAUGCCAUUAGAGGAAAUAAAUUGCAGCGAGGUAUGAAACUACAGGAACAGAUCGUCAUCGGCACUCCCGGUACCAUGCUGGACUGGUGCAGCAAGUUCAAGUUUAUAGAUCCAAAGAAGAUCAAAGUGUUUGUUCUGGACGAAGCCGACGUCAUGAUCGCCACGCAGGGUCACCAGGACCAGAGUAUACGAAUCCAGAGGAUGCUGCCUAAAAACUGCCAGAUGUUGCUGUUUUCUGCUACGUUCGAGGAGUCGGUCUGGAACUUUGCUCAGCGCAUCGUUCCUGAGCCCAACAUCAUCAAACUGAAGAGGGAGGAGGAGACUCUGGACACCAUCAAACAGUAUUAUGUGCUGUGUAACAGCAAGGAGGAGAAGUUUCAAGCUCUCUGUAACAUCUACGGAGCCAUCACCAUCGCUCAGGCCAUGAUCUUCUGUCAUACGAGGAAGACCGCAGGUUGGCUGGCUGGAGAGCUGUCCAGAGAAGGCCACCAGGUGGCGUUGCUCAGUGGAGAAAUGCAGGUGGAGCAGAGGGCUGCCGUCAUUGAACGCUUCAGAGACGGAAAGGAGAAAGUCCUGGUGACGACGAAUGUUUGUGCUCGAGGCAUCGACGUCGAACAGGUUUCGGUGGUAAUCAAUUUUGAUUUGCCGGUGGACAAAGACGGUAACCCCGACAACGAGACUUACCUGCACAGGAUUGGGCGCACGGGUCGAUUUGGGAAGAGAGGCCUGGCCAUCAACAUGGUGGACAGCCGGAUGAGCAUGAACAUCCUCAACAGGAUCCAGGAGCAUUUCAAUAAGAAGAUUGAAAGAUUAGACACCGACGAUUUGGAUGAAAUUGAGAAAAUUGCCAGCUAAAGGAGAGCCACCCCACCCCCCCCCAUCCUGGUGUCUCUCUGAGGACUUUUUGCUUCUAAAGUGUUUUAUGCUUUUAUUUUGUUGAUUUUUAGCGAUUGGAGAAAGGAGCAAAACCACACUGGCAGUAAACGUUUACACGUGGAUGCGUCUCCUCUGACAGAUGUUGCUUUUUUUAAAUUUUCUGGAAUGUUGCCCCCAUUUCACUCUUUGAAUAAAAUAUUUGAGUUUAUUGUUGUGUUAAAGCAGGCAGACUCCAAAAACCCUCCUAAAGAGUUUUUUUAAGGCCGCUCUGGUCGCUUCAUCUUAAAUCUGCAUAGGAAAUAUGCAUUUUAUGUGCCACCAAAUUCUUUAGUUUACAAAAACGAUUGAAUGUAACUGAAUCACGGGGACUGUUUCAUGCUUUUACUGUGCUCUGUUACAAGUCCCAGACGGCAGUACAAAGGGGGAGUUGAUGGUUUAAGGGUCUAUGCAAACUUAAAACUUGUAAUCAAUGUGACUCAAAUUAAUGCU